AUGAAGACCAGGAUCUUAAUACUUUCUGAUACCCAUGCAAUGCCAUAUACGCCUCCCAGCCAAUAUGCCGAUGUAGCCCUACAUUGCGGCGACUUGACCGAGCGUUCCACAUUGGAAGAAUACCGAUCGGCUGCACAGCUACUGAAGCAAGUAAAUGCCCCCCUCAAACUUGCUAUUGCCGGGAAUCAUGAUUUCACUCUUGAUAUUCCGUUCUACAAAGCGAAACUAGAGCAAAUACACGUUGAACGACAUGCGCGUUUGAUGAAGGAAUGUGGUGAUUUUGGGGAGGCUAGGCAGCUGCUUGAAGAUGCUGGCAUCAUCCUUCUAGAUGAAGGGAUUCAUCACUUUAAUUUAGCGAAUGGAGCUUGUUUAUCCAUAUACGCAAGCCCGUAUACACCGGUCUAUGGGCAUUGGGGGUUCCAGUACUAUCGACAACAGGGACAUCACUUCGAAAUGGAGGGAGUCGACAUUGCUAUGACCCAUGGAUCCCCGAAGGGUUUACUUGAUACAGCCUUUUCAGGGCAUCAAGCAGGAUGCACGUCUCUUCUUGGAGCCGUAUCUCGGGCAAGACCGAAGAUACAUUGUUUUGGGCACAUACACGAAGCUUGGGGGGCAAAACUCGUCACCUGGAGGAAUACGAAUUCUUUAUUUUCACUCUUCUCCAAUUCUAAACCUGUUGAUGAAGAGAAAUCAAUUUUGAUCAAUAGUCUAAUGGGGGCAAGAGAUUCGAAGGCCCUCUUGGACAAGCUGCAGUCUCACCGGGAUGAAGGUUACUAUACUCUCAGUUACUGCUCGGAUGAUGAAACUCCGAUUCAAUCCGGUCAGCAAACCCUAGUCAUAAACGCGUCCAUGAAAGGGCUUGGUUGGAACACUAGUCAUAUACCGUGGUUGGUGGAUAUUGAAUUACCGAAGGCUAAAUGA